AUGGAUUGGUUUCAUUGCAAUCAGUGCUUCAUCCAAGAGAAAUCUGACUUUUCAGUUACUAGCUGUGGACACAUAUUUUGCCAAAAAUGUGCUGGUACAGAUAAAUGCCCUUCUUGUGGAACAAGCUGCAAAUAUUUGUCUCUAAAAGAUAAUAUGAAACAAGAAGAAAAGAAGUUUUUCAAAAACCCUGUUGAAACAGCGCUCAACUAUAUUGCUCAUAUCUCUCAGGUAUGGACAUUCCAGAAGAGCCAGAUGGACCUGCUGGUCUCUUUCUACAAAAAUAAUGCUACAAAAGCCGAAGGAGCCCUCCAGCAAGCUCUCCACAAACUAACUAUCCAGGAAAAAGAACUAGAGGCUGUACAGAAGGAAAAUAGGGAACUGAAGAAGAAGUACUUUAACCUGAAGGCUUUUCCCAGGCAGCACCAGGGUAGCAGAAAUGGCACCCCAAGGCCGAUUGCCAUCACUCCUCCGUCACAGACAGUUACACCACAACCAAUUUUCCAGCGCUCCAGUGAGGUGGUCAGCCGCUCAUCUUCUAUGGAUUCCAUUUCUUCCAGAGUCAGCCAUCCACCAAGCUGGCAGCAUACCACGAGAACCACGAGAACGACCCCGGCGGUCUCUGCGAAUGCCACUCCGUCUUCAGCCUCCAUGCAGAGCUUAUUCUACAGGGCCUCUCCUUCCACUUCCCACACCCCCAGUUUCAAUGUCUUCAGUCUUCAAACUCCGAUGGCGAGACUAAGUCAGAGUGCUAAUAACCCUGGGCAGCCACGAGAAACUCCAUACUUCAACCUCAGCAUCUUUCCCGGUGAGGAAAGUUGUGCUUCUGUUCCUGACCACAGUGCUGAAAGACAGCACCCCCUACAGCUGAGAUUCACACCUCACUCUACACCAUCCUUUCCCCACAGGUUUCCAUCCGUCAGCCAAAUCCAUCAGCAAUAAUGGGGAUGACCAAAGCAGCUGUGUUCUUAAACAUCAUCCUAAUGUUAGAUUCAAGAUAGACUCUUCUGUGCAGAUUUCCUGCAGUAUAACUCUUCUGAAUAUUUGAACCUGAUUAAAAAGCAAUCCAUUAGUAAUUGAGUGAUGCCAUUAGGAGACCCUGUUUUGAUUAAAAUUCUUUUAAAAAAUUUUUUGGUGACUUGAAAUAAGACAUUCACAGUUGCUUGAAGCCGACUGGUGUAUGAAUCGUAGUAAAUAAAUAAAAAUUAUUAUACAAGGCAAAGUAUAUUUAGGGCACUUAGCAUAUGUGACAUGAUUUUAAAACAAAUCCCUAUAAAGUCUUUAGAGGAAAAUGGCUAAACGUAGCAAGUGAGCUCUGCAGUAGCAUUAUCAUACAUGGUGUUUUAAGUGUCAAUUAUAGCCCAUUAAGUAACCUGUGGGUCCAGCUCCAAUCUUACUUUGUGACUAUGAUGCUAAGAAAAUGUAUUACAUUGUAUGUUCUCUGAGCUAAAAUGCUUUGUGUACUUCCAAAAUGAAAUAAAUAUUCAAACAAUUUGACCCAGGUUGCUC